AUGGCUUCGCCUGAGAAUCCUACACAGGAAUCAGGCCUUGCCGAUGGCCUGGCCCCGUCUCACACCUACGUGCCAAACCAGGGAUAUGUGAACCCUGACAACGCCGACUCCGCUGCGGCGGGGCACGAACUGCCCAGCCAGCAAGAAGACGAAGACGAGUAUUACGACGAUAUUUUCGAAGAGGACUUGGACGAGGAGGACUUCCAAUCAUCGAAUCCCUCUGAUCUCACGAAGGCUUACAAUCGCCAACGCAAAUUGAACGACGUCACUGCCGACCCCAAUGCGCCGAAAUGGACAUAUCCCAAGACCAACACCCAGAAGCCGACAGUGAACACAUACGCAUCGGUCGACGACGAGGUUAAGUCACUGACCCGACAUGCGGCCAAGAUCAAGCUCGAUGAUCAACAGGCCGGCUUGUCGGUUCGGGGUGAACGCGGAGGCGACAGGGCGGACCGAGCAACCUCGGAGCAGGUGCUGGAUCCGCGAACACGCAUGAUUCUAUUGCAGAUGAUCAAUCGGGGAAUUGUGUCGGAAAUCCAUGGGUGUCUGUCGACUGGUAAGGAGGCCAACGUCUACCAUGCCAUUUUGAUCCCAGACGACGAGGACGCUGUCCAGCAGCACCGAGCAAUCAAGGUCUACAAAACGAGCAUUCUGGUGUUCAAGGAUCGCGACAAGUACGUCACAGGCGAGUUCCGCUUCCGUCAAGGGUACAACAAGAGCAACAACCGGGCGAUGGUGAAGCUCUGGGCCGAGAAAGAGAUGCGGAACUUGCGACGGAUCUACGCUGCCGGGAUCCCAUGCCCUGAGCCCAUCCACCUUCGCCUCCACGUACUUGUCAUGGGCUUUCUGGGUAGCUCGAAGGGCCUGCCCGCGCCACGACUUAAGGAUGUCGAAUUCGACGUUCCUGAUCCCGAGGCCCGUUGGCGUGCGUUGUAUAUUGACCUGCUGGGUUACAUGCGUGUGAUGUACCAGACCUGCCGGCUGGUGCACGCCGAUUUGAGCGAGUACAACAUUCUUUACCACAAGGAACGUCUCUACAUGAUCGACGUCAGUCAGAGUGUGGAGCACGAUCACCCGCGCAGCUUGGAGUUCCUACGCAUGGAUAUCAAGAACGUCAGCGAUUUCUUCCGUCGCAAGGGUGUCCUCACUCUUCCGGAGCGGACUGUGUUCCAGUUUAUUAUAUCCGUCGAUGGACCGAUGAGCAUCAACUCUGGGGCCACGGAAAUGACCGAUGCCAUUGAAAAACUCAUGACGGCACAUGCAAAUGCCGAUGACGACGAACAGGAGUCAGCGGACGUCGAUACAGCCGUGUUCCGGCAACAGUAUAUUCCGCAGACCCUGGAACAGGUGUACGAUGUUGAACGUGACGCCGAGAAGAUUCGUGACGGCAGCGGUGCAGACCUGGUGUACGGAGACCUGUUGGCUGCCAACAAAGACAAGGUCACCCCUGUCAAGUCCACCGGGGAUGACGAUGAUCUUGCAUCCGACGAGAGUGGGGGAGUGUCUGUGUCAGGAUCCGAGUCCGAUGGCAGUGAAGCAGAUGAAACCCCUCGAGAUCCCUUCGAGAAGGGCCCUCCGCGAGGCAAGCGUUUCGAGGACAAAGAUGCCAAGCGUGAGCACAAGCUCAAGGUCAAGGAGGAGAAACGUGAGCAGCGCUCGAAGAAGAUGCCCAAACACCAAAAGAAGCGUCUUGUGGCUUCAUCUUCAAGAAAGAAGAAAUAG